CUCCCUGUUUGUUUAAAUUGUUUAGUCGUACUGGUCCAGUAUAGAUUUCGGUGUGAUAAGCUUUUGGUAUUUCUAAAGAAGUUGCAAUGAAUUGCUGUAACACACAUGCAUACAUACAUAUGUAUGUCGUUAACACAGAUCUAUACUGUCCGAUAGCAUCCUCCAUUACCUCUCGCUCACGAUGGGGAAAUGAGUAAUGCUUCCCCUUCCAGUAACUGUUUUGCAACAGUAACCACUUUUUGUAAUCCAAAUGUCCCACUAUCGUACGAUGGCUACAUGAAUACAUGUUGCAGGGGAUACUACUUUAUUUGAGUGCUAACAUAAUUUCCUCUCGGAUCCCAGUGUUACUGAGUGGUACUAACCUUGAACAAGGCAGGAGGUGAUGAAGUGGAAUGGCUGGGGCUACAGUGACUCCAGGUUCCACUUCAACAAGAAAGGCCAAGCAGAGUUCACCGGCAAAAGGUAUAAACUAAGCGGGAUGAUUAUGCCGAGUUUGAAAGAGUGGUUCGAAGGAACGUUUGGAGCCAACGUCCAGCAUAAAAGCUUUGCAUCAGCGGUCCCGAGCCCCGGGGCGGUGAAGCCCCCCGCCCUGAACCAGGCCUUCGUGGAGGGGGUCCAGUCCACGGGGGUCCCCUUCUCCUCGGACGCAGAGGACCGGGUCUUCCGGGGCCACGGACACUGCCUGCACGAGAUCUUCGCCCUCCGAGAGGGCAGGGUGGGACGGGUGCCGGACAUGGUGGUGUGGCCGAACUGCCACGACGACGUGGUGAAGAUCGUAGAGCUGGCGUGCAAGCACAAUGUUUGUUUAAUACCAUAUGGUGGUGGGACCAGUGUCUCCAGCGCUCUGGAGUGCCCCCUGGAGGAGACGCGCUCCAUCGUAUCCCUGGAUACCUCUCAGAUGAACCGCAUAUUGUGGAUUGAUGAGAAGAACUUAACUGCCCACGUUGAGGCCGGCAUCGUGGGCCAGGACCUGGAGAGACUGCUGGGCGAGAGCGGCUACUGUACGGGCCACGAGCCGGACUCCAUGGAGUUCAGCUCCCUGGGAGGCUGGGUCGCCACGCGCGCCUCGGGCAUGAAGAAGAACAUCUACGGCAACAUCGAGGACCUGUUGGUCCACGUGAGGAUGGUGACCCCGAAGGGGGUGAUGGAGAAGAGCUGCCUGGUUCCCCGUAUGUCCUGCGGCCCUGACAUCCACCACUUCAUCCUGGGCUCAGAAGGUACGGCAUGGGUGUGCUUCUCGGAGUGUGUGCGUCUCGGGAGUGUGUGUGUGUGUGUUCUGUGAUGUAGUAACAGAGGAGGCCAACAGCAGGUGGAUCCUCACGGCUGGCGACGUGUUUAACAUUAACCAGCCGCGAUGGAACGUGUGUGUGUGUGUGUGUGUGUGUGUGUGUAUGUGUGUGUGUCCUGGUUAGGGAACUGCAAGUGCCAUCCCAGCUCCUGCUGUAGCGCGGUGUCCUUGUGUCGGCCCACAGAGAGUAGUCCUGCCAUAUGCCAGCUGCUCACAAACAUGUGCAUGUAACACACAGACACACACACACACACAGACACACACGUGCAUAACGAGGAGGUGCUGGGACUGUUGGCAGCGCAGUGUUCAACAGCUGCGGAGGUGAACUCUGCGAUUGCCCUACAGAGCUCACUACUGGCUACUUGGGGAUGACUGGUGCACAUCUCCUCUGUAAUUCAUCUCUGUGGGCGUAAAAGGCCCAUCUGUCAGAGGGCCAGACCAAAUGUGUCACGUUUUAAAGUGUUGAAUUCAUGCCUGGAAACGGAGGCCACCGGGGGAUGUGUUCCGGUCCGUGUGCCUCCGUGCGAGGGCUGUUGGACAGACCUUUGAGUGUGUGAAUGAAUGAUUGAAUAAUAAUUGUUUGACAUUCAGCGGUCAAACAUUGUUAACUACAACACUCCGCAGCAAAGGCACCUGUAAUGUGUAGUUUAAAGGCCCUGGAUCGAAAUAAAUGUAAU